AUUCUCCGACCCCAGCAUCACAAAGAUUAGAGCGUCGAGUGAUUCAAGGGCCCCACCUUGAUUUCCAGAAAGGUAGCUUCGACAUCUUGUCAGUCAUUCCUUUCCGUCCGAGCCGAUGCUGCGCAUGCGCGCAAUCCCUCGCGUUCAGCAACAUGGCUUACGAAGUGGAUAAACAGCAUAUUUCAAAGAAGAGCAAACACAGAGAUCCGCCAAAAUGAACCGAUCACUUUCGGUCCGGUCCAAGAAGGCCAGUUCCGGCGUCUCCGAGAAGCAGCCGUCAAAGCACCGCUUUACGAUGGCAUCUCUGCGCGGCACACAGCAGCCGGAGCUCUCGAAGAAGCUGUACAAGAUUAUCAAAACCGAGAACCAUGUGAUUGGCGCUCACGAGUCCGCUGCGCGCGAGCAAGUCAGUGUUGCUAGACAACUCUCGGAAUGGGGCGAGGCAACCGAAGAUGAGACAAUAUCAGAGGUGUCAGACAAAUUGGGUGUGCUUAUGGCGGAGAUUGCAGAACAGGAGGAUCUCUAUGCACAAGCCUUGGAAGACUACCGAGGAGUCUUGAAGCAGAUUCGCAACACCGAGAGCUCAGUGCAGCCCAGCCGAGACCACAAGGCUAAGAUCUCUGACGAGAUUGCCAAACUCAAAUACAAAGAGCCUCAGAGCACCAAGAUUGUUCAGCUCGAACAGGAACUUGUCCGCGCCGAGGCUCAGAGCUUGGUGGCGGAGGCGCAACUGACCAACAUUACACGUCAAAAGUUCAAGGAGGCAUAUGACCAGUACUUCGCAGCUACGAUUGAGCGUGCUGAAAAGCAGACCAUUCUGGCGAAGCAUGCUCGUCGACUUAUCAACCUCGUUGACGACACCCCCAUUGUUCCCGGAGAUGCGCAUCCUCCUUUCGCAGGCGCAGAAGAGUCCCGUCAAGUACUGAAUGAUGCGGAAGACGACCUUCGCAACUAUCAGUUGCAUGUUGAGCCUAUCACCUCUAACGCUGGCAACUUGGGCGUGGGAGCCAUGCCUGGAGCACCAGUUGGUGGCGCGUCUUUGCAACAGACUGCACAGUACGCGAACACGGUCGGCACGAGUGAGGAUGGCGGUUACGCAGAGUCGAGCGUGCAGGGCACCGACGUCGGAAGCCAGCCUCCGUACCCUGUGUCAGAAUCGGAGAGACUGGAGCAGCAGCAGGCUGACGAGAUGAAAGCCACUCAGCAGCAGCCGGUCUCGUUCCAACACGUUGCCUAAGUCGGGAUGUGCUGAGACGUUGCCACGUUUGGUUGCUUGCUCGGAAUGAUAUGCUGGUAGCGUUCGGUACGGUUGUGUCUUGUGACCAUCUGGUCGAUUAAUGUUUAUGUAGAGCUGUUUUUAAUUGUAGCUUCUUACCCCCGAG